AGACUGCCUGGCCACAUCGAGCAACAGCUGAUCAUUGUUAGUACAUAAGAGGCUAGAGGGACAUCGAUAUAAAUUAUAACAAAUAAAUUGCUGCGCAAUGUCGAAAUUAAUUUCAUACGCUACCAAGCAAACUUUACGUAAUACGCGUCUUGUUGCUAAGCCAAUUUGUCAGCAUGCAACCAGAGACUACAUUCAGUUGGGCGCAUCGGCCGCGGCACGUAACACAUAUUCGACUCUCGCUGUGGGAUUAACAAAUCAGUCGGUGCUCCGGCCGGCGGCGGUCACAGUCCCGGUGUUGGGAAACAUUACAAAGCGCAGCAUGUUUAUUCAGACGCAGGACACACCGAAUCCCGACAGCUUGAAGUUCUUACCCGGCGUUGAAGUGCUGGGAAAAGGAAAUACAUACGAUUUUCCCAGUGCCAUGGCAGCUCAUUGCAGUCCGUUGGCUAAGCUCUUGUUUCGUGUGGAAGGAGUUCGUGCUGUAUUCUUUGGUGGGGAUUUUAUUACCAUAUCCAAAGAGGAAAGCGGAGAAUGGGGCCUCAUAAAGCCCGAAGUUUUUGCAAUCAUCAUGGAUUUCUUUGCCAGUGGCUUGCCCAUACUGCACGAGGCACGGGCAAAUGCAGAUACAGAGAUUCUAGAGGACGACGAUGAGACCGUAAUGAUGAUUAAGGAGCUCCUAGACACGCGUAUUCGGCCAACAGUGCAAGAGGACGGCGGCGACAUUGUCUUCAUGGGCUACGAGAAUGGCAUUGUGAAAUUGAAAAUGCAGGGCUCGUGCUCAUCAUGCCCCAGCUCUAUCGUAACCCUGAAGAAUGGCGUUCAAAAUAUGCUACAGUUCUAUAUACCCGAAGUCGAGUCUGUUGAGCAGGUGUUUGACGACGCUGAUAAAUUGGCAAAUAGGGAAUUUGAGCGCUUUGAAAAGAGUUUAAAUCAAAAGGAGUCAACUACUGCGCCAGUCAGCAUUGGCGGCACACCAAACUAAUAGUGUUUUGAUUGUUACUAUUCUUAGUAGGCUUAGAAACUAUAUAUGUUUACUCAAAUAUUUGCUUAUAACAUUUAAAUAAUGUACAGCUUUAAAUGAA